UUUUCCAACCUCAGGAGACCGUUUGGAGGAGGGAAAAUCAAGAAAAAUGGCAGACAGCGAGGGGCAUCAAGUUUCUUCCACCACUCCUAUGUUCAACGACGAGGUGCACCAUUACCAGGCCGAACCGGACCACGAGUCCAGGUCGGACCACUACUUCGUGGAUGACGACAUUGUGGACCUCGUUGGCGGGGCUAAGGACGCUUUGGAGCGGCACCGAGCUGAAGAUAGUGUUCCUGACGACUUCACGCAAACUUCCCUCCCUGAUCUAAAGGAGACGGAGACGGUAACGUUACCGGAGCCAGCCCUCAAACCGGCAGUCCCAGACUCCACCAGCCCAGCUUCUGCCCACGAGGAGCCUGAAGUGGCCGCUCCCAAAGCCGAGCCGGCGAGUACAAAGAUCGCACCGGAGCCAGAACCUGCCCCCGAGAGCGACGCCCUCCCAGUGGCCGAACCCCGAGAAGCAGCGCCAUCCCCCGCAGAGGCAGCAGAGCGAUCUGCGGUGACAGCGCAACCAGCGGCUCCCGCGUCGUGUCUUCUCCAUCGCUGGAAGGCAAACCUCGACAGCAGAGAUGUACCUUCUUCUUCUUCUAAAGCUCAGCCUCAUCCUCUGAUGCAAUUCCCUACAGCACUUGGGCAGAAGGGUGAUUCCCCUGCUCCCAUCUCUCCCAUCUCCCCUCUCCACUCCCCCGACUCUCUGGAAGAGCUCUCUUUGACCGAGAGUCCCAACCAGCCCCCUGCUUCAGGAUCUGCUGCACCCCUGGGCUCCUUCUCCACUGAACCCCCUGCUACUCUUUCCAAGGACAUGCCUUGGGGGGGUAACUCUGGACCAGGCAGUAGUAAGAAUAAGGAAGACCCUCUAGAUCCAUUAGCUGGUCCUUACCUGAGUUUAGGGAAAGACCCAGGGCCUCAUAAUCCGUGCGAAGACAGUGGCAUUUCCUUUUCGCCUGAGGAGAAGCUGAUUAGCUCAGACAGGUCUUCCACUGGCCCCUCCCCCGUGAAUCCCCAGAUGAUGGUCCCCGAGUCUCACGUUGCCUCCUCUAACCCAACAGAGCACUGGGAUUCACCAUACCUAUCUUCUCAAGACAACACCAAGCCCUCAAUGGAUUCCUUCCCCAAGGACACGGCCUCCAUUAAACCCCCAAGUUUUGAGCCAGACCUGCACGGCAGCCAGUCUGACGAAGAAGAUGACUUGAUGUACGAGGUGAAGAAGAACAAUAACCCAUUUGAUGGCUUUUCCCCACUUGCGGACAGCGGCUACUCACAUUUUGGAGACUCCAAGUCAGACAGCAGAGCAUCUAAAAUGUCCGAUAGUCCCACUCCCGAUCUGGUCCAGUAUGGGCAGAUUGGAGAAUCCCAGGAAAAUCUACCAUCUUUCUUGGAUGAGGGAAAAACAUUUGAGACCGGCAAGAUGACUGCCGACUCACUCAUGCAGUCGAUGAAUCAGUUCUCAUCUGGUCUCAGAGAUGACGAUGAUGAAGAGGAAGAGGAGGAUUCUGCUCUGCCGCCAUCGCUUCCAGACAUCCUGAAGUCUUCCCCGCUCAACCCCGACAAACUAGACUCCGGCUCCUCUGAGGGAAGUCCGGAGGAGCAGAGCCCCAUCCUCGAACGAAGGAUGAUGGAGUCACCCAAUCCUCCGAUCAAUCUGUCUGCCAAUAACCCCUUUGCUUUUGAGGCUAAAGUUUCCCUGCUGAAAGAGAUGACCGAGGAGAUGGAGGGGAGAGCUACAGAAAAAGCAGAAGAUGACAAAACCUUUGGCGCAUUUGAUCUCGUCAAAGAGGCCGAGGAAACUACCCCAACUAAAGCAAAAGAAGAGGAACCUGUCAAGAUUCAACAGAAAGAUUGGUUCUCAAGCCACGAUUCUCCCAAAAUGACCGAGAAGUUUGAGCCACUCGACUUCCAGAAUAAGAAGACCCUUGCUGAGGAUUCGGAUUCAGAGUCUCCAACAGCAGACUCCCUUUCGCCGGUCUUGGAAGCAAUGGCGAAGAACCCUGCCAGCUUCCAGGUGGAAACUGACAAGAAGGACCUGAAGAUGGAGCUGGAGGAGCCGGAGAUGGCCGAGGAGGUCUCCGAGCAUGAAGUCUCCUCUGAGGAGUUUGAAUUCAUCGAAAGACCACCUAGGGGUGUUAUUGACGAGUUUCUCGAAGCUCUGGAUACUUCCAAGUUUGCAGCCUCCAAGCCCCCGGAGAUCCCCAUGGAUGAUGAUCUCAGCUUUGGACAAAAGGAUCCAAUCGCAAAAGUAGCCCCACCCCCGGAGGUUGAAGAAGAAGCUCCAAGUCAGAGCUCCUACCGCCUCCUCACACAGGCCUCCCCCCAGAAAAGCAAGGCUGAGCUGGAGAAGCUCGACAUCCAGCAGCCCCCACACCCCCAAGCUCCUACCACCCAUUCCCCCGUUUGCAAACCAGAGGCGCCAGCGGCGAAGAAGAGCGCGGAGGGCGGCAAACCGUUUAAGAUGCCAAACCUGAACAUAAGAGCAGUGGUGGAUCUCCUCUACUGGCGUGAUGUGAAGACCACGGGCGUGGUGUUCGGCGCCGCCCUGCUGCUGCUCCUCUCCCUGACGGUGUGCAGCAUCGUGAGCGUGUGCUCCUACAUCUGCCUGGCCCUGCUCUCAGUCACAAUCUGCUUCAGGAUAUACAAAGGCAUCCUGCAGGCCAUCCAGAAGUCAGACGAGGGACACCCAUUCAAGCAGUACCUGGACCAGGAGGUGGCGCUGUCUGAAGACAUGGUCCACAAGUACAGCGACAUUGUUCUGGCCAAGCUCAACAAGACCAUCGGUGACCUGAGACGCGUGUUCCUGGUCGAGGACCUGGUCGACUCCAUCAAGGUGAGUUUGGAGGCUCGUGUUUGUCUGUAAGUGUCUCGUAGCUCCGCCCACAG